AUGGGAGCAAAAAGCAGUAGUGGAGUUGAAGCGAAAGACUGCACAGAGGUUGGUGGAAAAGAAGUUGCUAAGAAAAAAAGACCUACCAUAGUGGUCAGCGAUGAUGAGGAUAGUGAACAUAGUCAAAGUGUAAGUGAGAUUGCUAUCACUGAUAACCAUGAAAAAGAGACUGGCCCUGUUGUUGAGAGUGGUGAUGAGAAUGACCCCGUUGUUGAGGUCGGUGUCACUGAUGGUGAGACCAAUGUUGUACAAUCUCCUCCAUCUGCCUAG